AUGGAGCCUCGAGGGACCCGCUGCUCAUCACGUGGCCAAGACCUGAGGGGUCACUCAUUCAGUCUUGGCUUACAGCCCCCAGCUGUUGCGGCCAGCUCCAUUAUAACUGCAGUUCAGCAGCAGGAUUAUUCAGCCAGCGUUUGGCUCCGCAGGCGGGAAAAACUGGAACAUUCUCAGCAGAAGUGCAUUGUGAUCUUCGCCUUGGUGUGCUGCUUUGCUGUGCUGGUGGCGCUGAUUUUCUCAGCAGUGGAUAUUUGGGGCGAGGAUGAGGAUGGAAUCACAGAAGAGAACUGUUCAAGGAACUGCAGUAUAGUGCUCGUGGAGAACAUCCCAGAGGACAUCUCCUUCUCAGACAGCAGCAUAUCUCACCUACCUCUCUCGGUAGGACUGAACAAUUUAUUGGACAAAGCUGAGCGGGUCGUGGAGAUUGUUUCCCCGCUGUGGCUCCUUGAGUCCUCUGAAGAAUCCAGCUUCCACCCUGGUGCCAGACAGGGCAAGGACCUGUUGUCCAGGCUGCAGGGGCUGAAAGCAAAAGGAAUCCAGUUGAAAAUCUCCUGUGGGGACGUCAAGUCAGCUGACCUGGACACACUGGCAAAACAAUAUGCUGAGGUUCACAAGGUGAACACGACAGCCUUGACUAAGGGAAACAUCCACUCGUCCUUCUGGGUGGUUGAUCGGAAACAUUUCUACAUCGGCAGCGCCAGCAUGGACUGGAAAUCUCUGACCACAAGAAAGGAGCUUGGUGUGUUGGUAUACAACUGCACGUGUCUGGCUUUGGACCUCCACAGAGUGUUCAGCCUCUAUUGGGGCCUCCAGCAUAAAGACUUCAUCCCCAGCUUCUGGUCCAAACGACUCUUCCCUUAUUUUAACAGAGACAAACCAGUGAUUGUCACAUUCAACAGCACAGAAGCUGAAUCCUACAUCUCUAGCUCGCCAGAUGUUUUCAUCCCCAAAGAUCGUAGUAGUGAUCUAGAAGCCAUUUCCAGGGUCAUCCAGCAGGCCCGGCAAUUCAUAUACAUUUCCAUCAUUGAUUACCUGCCCCUGGUGAGGAGCAAUGCAGUGAGCAGCACGCUGAGAUACUGGUCUCGUAUCGACGACCUCAUAAGGGAGGCUCUGAUCUUGAGGAAGGUGCGAGUCCGCCUGAUGAUAAGUUGCUGGGAAGAAACAAAUCCACUUACUUUCAACUUCAUCUGGUCCCUGAAGAGUCUGUGUAUGGAGCAGGCCAACUGUUCCCUGGAAGCUAAGUUCUUCAGCCCCAAAGAGCAGGGGGACGGCAGUCUCAGCGGAAUAAACCACAACAGGUUUAUGGUUACUGACAGAGCCAUUUAUUUAGGAAACCUUGACUGGGUGGGGAACGAGUUUACAUACAACACCGGAGCAGGCCUUGUGAUCAGUCACCCAGAAAGCAUGUCAGAAAAGCACUUCACAGUAGUGGAGCAGCUACACGCUGUUUUUGAGCGGGACUGGUUUUCACGUUACACUCGCUCGCUUCAGACCAACAAAAUCCCUGUUUGCAACAAGCACCAAAUCACCAAAAAAGUGCCAGACAAAGCCAGACACAGUGGACCAGCGCCUAUCAGAGCAGGUCAGUUUGGUGCUGAACCCGAACUGCUGAGGAACCACCUCAACGUCGAUGGACUGACAUCCCACCAUGAGGACAGAUUAAGAACAAUUAGUCACCAAAGCAUUGCCGGUGAGCAGGCACCAGCUAUGAUCAGUCACAAAGAGAUGGCUGGAAUCGAAAUGACUCACCUUGAAGACAGACAGACACAAAAAAAUAAUCACAACUGUGACGGCUCACUGGAUCCAACCAGUCAGUCGGCCGAGAGCAGCGGCUCUCUGUGA